GUGCUUCCCUUGUCCUCUGGCCCCACUCAGGUUUGUCAUGAAGGGCUGCGACCCUGUGGACAAGACUCCAGGAAGCCUGGGCUCGUCGGUGUCGUCCGUGUCGGCUGGCCAGGCGGCCGCCAGCACUUUACUUCCCUUGGAGUCUGGGGAGCUCAGCCGUGGCGACCUGAGCCGUUGGGAGGACGCGGACACCUCAGGGCCCUGCUGCGAGGACACUCAGGAGAAGCAGAGCACGAGGGCGCCCGCACCUGCCCCCUUUGUUCCUUUCUCAGGCGGGGGACAGAGACUGGGGGGCCCUCCUGGGCCCACAAGGCCUCUGACAUCAUCUUCAGUCACGUUGCCGAAGUCCCUCUCCAGCCCUGGAGUCCCCUCCAAGCCAAAGAAGUCCAAGUCGGGCCAGGAUCCCCAGCAGGAGCAGGAGCAGGAGCAGGAGCGGGAGCCGGAGCCGCCCGUGGACCUGGAGCCCGUGGACCGGGAGCCUGUGGACCUGGAGCCCGUGGACCGGGAGCCUGUGGUGUGCCACCCUGACCUGGAGGAGCGGCUGCAGGCCUGGCCAGCGGAGCUGCCCGACGAGUUCUUUGAGCUGACGGUGGACGACGUGAGAAGGCGCUUGGCCCAGCUCAAGAGUGAGCGGAAGCGCCUGGAAGAAGCACCCUUGGUGACCAAGGCCUUCAGGGAGGCGCAGAUAAAGGAGAAGCUGGAGCGCUACCCAAAGGUGGCUCUGAGGGUUCUGUUCCCCGACCGCUACGUCCUACAGGGCUUCUUCCGCCCCAGCGAGACAGUGGGGGACUUGCGAGACUUCGUGAGGAGCCACCUGGGGAACCCCGAGCUGUCGUUUUACCUGUUCAUCACCCCUCCAAAAACAGUCCUGGACGACCACACGCGGACCCUCUUUCAGUUGAUCAACAUUGGAUUUGGAAGAUGCCUUGGGAUGGAGGAGGACCAGUGCCCAGGCCUGCAGCCCACCCUCCCACUGGGAGGCCCCCUAAGAGCCCUGGGAUGCUGCUGCCCUGUUCCUGGGGAUACGUGGCUUCCCCGCCAGCCACCAUCUCCUGCCGUCCGUCAGCUCGGCUCUAGUCUGGGGGCCUCUCGGGGUGGCGUCCCUGGUGACGUUCCUGCCUGCCUGCCGUCAGAGCUGGCGGGGCUGAGGGAGGGCAGCCUGCCUCCCUGGCAGGACAGCCCCGUCCCGUACUGCUGUGUUGCCCACUGCCAGGGCCUCUCUGGGAGCGACAGGCCCCUUCCUCCCACCCACCAGGCCCUGCCCCACCUGGACCCUCUGAAACGUUCCUCGUUGACAAAUGGUCUUGCAGAAGGUGGGCUGCAGGUGGGGCUGGCCAGGCCUCCUGUGCCCACAGCGGCCUCUGGGCAGUGUCCCCUGGGCUUCUGUGAGCAGUUGCAGCCUGGGUGUGAAUCUUGGAGGCCCCGUGGUGACGGAGCAUGCCGUCCGCCUGCAAACCUCUUCCCGGCCGCUCUGGUACACUUCGGAGCCAAGGAGCCGGCAGGUGUCUACCUGGAGCCUGGCCUGCUGGAGCACGCCAUCUCCCUAUCUGCAGCUGACAUGCUGGUGGCCAGGUGCAUGUCCAGGGUCGCCGGGUCCCCUUCCCCAUCGCCAGCCCCUGACCCUGCAUGUGAGUCUGAACCAACUGCUGAGGCGGGGGCACUGGGUCCCCCCGAGCCCAUCCCAGGGACGGCCCAGCCUGUGAAGAGGAGCCUGGGCAAGGUGCCCAAGUGGCUGAAGCUUCCGGCCAGCAAGAGGUGAGAGCCACCAGCCCGAGGUGCCCACUCUGCCACCCACAGGACCACCUCCUCUGCCAGCAGGAAUAAAGACUUGUGCAUCCCUCAA